AUGAAUGCCAUCCGCCAGAUUGAAGCCCUGAAUAAAAGAGAGCUCGAGAAUGCAGUAUCUCCGGAAGCCUCCUGGCACGCCGACUACCGUGAUACGGCUUACAUAUACAUCGGUGGUCUUCCGUUUGAUAUCAGUGAAGGCGACAUUCUAACGAUAUUCUCCCAAUAUGGCAACCCAGUCCAUUUAAAUCUGGUGAGAGACAAGGAGACGGGAAAGAGUCGAGGAUUCGCAUUUCUGAAAUAUGAGGACCAGCGAAGCACGGAUCUGGCGGUGGAUAACCUGGGAGGGGCAACGGUGCUAGGUAGGGUGCUUAGGGUGGACCAUGUUCGGUAUAAGAGACGUGAUGACGAAGGGACGGAAGAUAACCUUGCGAAUGUGGAUGAGAAUGGGGAAGCGGUGGCUUCAGGGAGAGGCAGAGAGGAAGAGAAAGAGAGAGGAGGGAAAGAGAGCAGUGGUCGACGGAGGUCUGCACGAGAUGGAUCUGAGGAACGUAAGAGGCCGUCCAGGCCGCUGUUGAAGGAGGAAGUAGAGUUACAGCGGCUGAUGGAUGAACAUGACGAUGAAGAUCCAAUGAAGGAGUAUCUUAUCAAGGAGAAGAAGGAGGAGGUUGAGAGUGCCCUGGCGCUAGUGAAGGGGAAGUCCAAGUCGAGUAGGAGAGAUCGAAGCAGGGAUGGCCACAGGUCCCAUCGCCAUCGACAUCAUAGAAGGAGACAUAGUGAGGAGCGAUCGCGGUCGAGAGAAAGACACUCACCACAUAGGAGUAGGAGGGAAAGGUCUAGGGAACGGUCAAGCGAACGGAGACAUCGUCGAGAACGACGGGAUAGGAGUUGA